GGCUCAGUCACGAAUGUGUCUUAGUCCUCUAUGAGAUGGUAGCGGCAGCACAAGACGCGCUAAUAACGUGCAACUAAAAAGAAAACAAAAAAAUCUUAAUCGUCAUCUCCGAAGGAAAAAAAAAACAAAUUGUGGAUUUCGCGGUUCGUUCAAUUCGCAAUUGUUUACGCAAAUUUGCUGUUUUCUUGGAAAUACCUUUAUUUAAUUUUUUUUCAUUUGAUUUUGUGUUGAAAAAAAAAUAUUUUGUGCGUGACGAGUGAGCGUGAGUCCCGCUUUUUCGCAAGCCAUAGUGUGGGGCAGCUGUGUGUCAAGUGCUGCGUGACGUGCGCAGGUGCUGUGCAUCCGCAUUCUGAAAAUAAAAGUCUAUUUCUUUUGAAAAUCGACAGUAUAACUCACAUCUUUUCAUCAAGCAAAGUUUCUACACGUGUCUGUGUCGCGUAAAAAGAAAAGUGCAAAAACGACAAGAGUCUUGAUUAGCGGCAAAAAAAAAUUAGAGUUGGUUGCCAACGUCGUGCUGUCUGUGAUUGACUGUCUCUGUGUGUUACAAGGGGAAGAUUGGAAAACUUGGCAGAAAAGGCAGGAGGGGUGGGUACCACCCGAUUCAUCAUCAUCAUCGUCACGAAAUUAUCUGUCAUCAAUGGGUUGUGUUCAGAGUCAAUCAAACGGGCAAACGUCCAAGGACAAAGGAGCUGCUUCAGUCAUUGGUGACAACAACGGACAAGGUGGAGCAUCAGCCGCCCAAGUUGACCCUCGUUUACCGCUCAAUGCCCGUCAAAAAUAUUCGAUGUUGGCUUCCUGGAAAGGCAUCAGCCGGGCACUUGAACCCACCGGCGUCUACAUGUUUAUCAAACUGUUUGAAGAGCACAAAGAAUUGCUGAGUUUGUUUACGAAAUUUCAUCAGUUGACGACAAGAGACGAGCAGGCGAACAGCGAAGAAUUGGCUGAACACGCGUCGUCUGUUAUGAGCACGUUGGAUGAAAGCAUCAGAUCGUUGGACAAUGUCGACACGUUCCUGCUCUAUCUCCAUCAGGUCGGCCAAUCCCAUUACAAAAUCGAAGGUUUUCAAAAAGAAUAUUUCUGGAAAAUCCGCAAUCCGUUCCUGGAGGCUGUCAAGAUGACGCUAGGCGAUCGUUACACGGAAAACAUUGAAAACAUUUACAAAGUGUCGAUUAAUUUAGUGAUUGAAACGCUAGUCGAAGGCUAUGAAAAAGCGCAGCAACAACAACGACAAGCAGCUCCUUCUUCGUAAUUGAAAUUACUGUGGCGAGCUUACACACAUCUUCAUCUGGUCAUCGUUCAUCUCUUUAACACCGUCCGGUCAUCCCCUAACAUCUUCGUUUUUGUUUUUGUUCUUUUAAUAUCAUCAAAAGUGCAGCAUCAUUUGUGUAUACCGUAGUACCUUUAUUUAAAUUACAGACGUCUAACUGCUCGUCGAAACAAAUUGAAGCAGUCAUCAGUUGAGAGAGAGAGCAAACUAUACAAUUUAGAUUGUAAUAAUUCUAUAAUAUCCUCGCAGCCAAUGACGCAAUGUGUGAGGACUUGACCACAUUUCUUGUAAACAAUUUUCUGAAUUUUCAGUUGCUUUGUGUGUGACGAUGAAAUCUUGUCGUAUAAAUGAUUGUUUAAUGGCAAACGGGAGGAGACAUGCAUUUAUUAAGAACCUAUUUGUAUCGUGACGAUAAGAAAAUGGACGAACGCCAGUCAACCGGAGCACUCGAAAAUGAAUAGAAAUUUGAAAAAAGGAAAUGAAAAAUCAAAUUGUAUGCGCGUGUCCACGCAUUUUGUACAUACAGAAAUGUGGCUCAAAAAAAUAUUCUUAGUCAACCUUUUUUUUCUUUCUUUCGUUUACGUGAUGCAGUAUGCAGAUGGUUGUCGACAAACGAAAAAGAGUCUAUAUAUGAAUUCAAAUGUUUUUCUUGAGUUCUUAUUAUCGUGGAAUUUAUUAUUUAGCCCUUUCUGCUGCACUGAUGUCUUGAUAUAACGCUGCUGUAAAUAUAUUUUGAUUAGUCACCAUAUAACAGCACCAGCCAAAGAAUAUUUUGUUUUGAGGUUGUUUUGUCUCAUUUUCUAUACAUGUACAUUAAACUUUAUUCUAUAGGCCGCCUAUACACAAACAACUGUCUCA